AUGCUGGUAUCUUCGCUACUAAGUCUAGCGGUGGCGUCCCUUGCACAGGGCGCCUCGUUACAAAACGUUUUUAAAGCCAAUACGCCCACGGUGCUCGACCAAGCCAUCGAAGCGCUGGGCUUGGACUCGAAAGCGGCGCUAGCGUCGCUUACGCCGGAGAUUAAGGAACUAUGGGGCGAAAUGAGUCUCUUGUGCCCCAAGGAGACCAGCGAGAUGGAGUUCUUCACAAAACCACGGUUCAAGGUGAACCGGAAACCGGACCAUGAAUGGGAUUUUGUUGCGCAGCACAGUGCUUCGCACAAGUUGCGUGUCAACAAGGUCAAGGACCCGCAGGUGUUGGGUAUCGACCCAGGUGUCAAGCAGUACACCGGUUACCUGGACGUUGAAGAGGAGGACAAGCACUUUUUCUACUGGUUUUUCGAAAGUAGGAACGACCCGGCCAAUGACCCUGUGAUCUUGUGGCUGAACGGUGGCCCUGGCUGUUCGUCGCUGACAGGUCUUUUCUUUGAGUUGGGACCUUCGUCGAUCGGCUCGGACAUUAAACCCAUCUACAACCCACAUUCUUGGAACUCCAACGCUUCUGUCAUCUUUCUAGACCAACCUGUCAACGUCGGUUACUCUUAUUCGUCCUCUGCCGGCGUUUCCAACACGGUCGCCGCAGGCAAAGACGUGUACGCGUUUUUGCAACUUUUCUUUACUCAAUUCCCCGAAUAUGCGUCCGGUCAGGAUUUCCAUAUCGCCGGUGAAUCCUACGCGGGCCAUUAUAUCCCAGUGUUUGCCUCGGAGAUUUUGUCGCACCCUGUCGAAGAACGCGCGUUCAAUUUGACCUCUGUGCUCAUUGGGAACGGUUUAACCGACCCACUCUCGCAGUACCCGCUCUACGAGCCCAUGGCGUGCGGUGAAGGUGGUGAACCCUCUGUUCUUGAGCCCGAAGAAUGUCAGGGCAUGCUCGACACUUUGCCUCGUUGUUUGAGCUUGAUCGAGUCCUGCUACGAGUCUCAAUCCGUCUGGACCUGUGUUCCUGCGGCCAUCUACUGUAACAACGCCCAAAUGGGACCCUACCAAAAAACUGGUAAGAACGUUUACGACAUGCGCAAAGAGUGCAAGGGUGAGCUUUGUUACGAGGAGAUGUCUUACAUGGACGAAUACUUGAACACGGAUGCCGUUAAGAGCGCCGUCGGUGCAGAAGUCGACCACUACGAGUCUUGCAAUUUCGACAUCAACAGAAAUUUCCUUUUUGCAGGUGAUUGGAUGAAGCCGUAUCAUAAGGCGGUUACUGAACUGUUGAAUCAAGAAUUGCCCGUUCUUAUUUACGCCGGUGACAAAGACUUUAUUUGCAACUGGCUUGGAAACGAAGCUUGGUCCUCCGUCCUACCUUGGAAAUACAGUGAAGAGUUCCAGAAACAACCUCUCAAGGACUGGAUUUCUAGCACCACUGGAGAAAAGGCAGGUAAAGUCAGAAACUAUGAAUAUUUCACUUUCCUUAGAGUUUACGGUGGAGGCCACAUGGUUCCAUUUGAUGAGCCCGAAAACGCACUUGCCCUGGUUAACGACUGGGUUCAAGGCAAUUACAAUUACAAAAAAUAA